AACACGCCCGUCAUGUCACGGCCUCAGCAGCCGUACGACGACCAGUACGGUCAGCCACAACAGCAUGACUCGUACUACCAGGACGACUAUGCUCAAGGCCAGCAGCCGCCGCAGGGUGGUCAGUACGAUCAGGCCUACGAUCAGCACGGACAACCGCCACGUCAGCAGGGAGAGGACGGUUAUUACGACGAGAAAGGAGGCUACGAAGACGAUUACUAUGGUGACCAAUACUAUGAUCAAGCUCCUGCUGCCGGCCAGCACCCUGCGACCAGUCGCGAUCCCAAGGGAAAGCGAAGAGGCCAAGACUCGGAAGAAGAUUCCGAGACUUUCAGCGACUUCACCAUGAGAUCGGACAUGGCUCGUGCUGCCGAGAUGGAUUACUACGGCCGUGGCGAUGAGCGGUUCACUGGCUACGAGGAGGGCGGCGCCGGCAAUGGGCAGCGAGGAUAUCGGCCUCCGUCUUCCCAGGUAUCUUACGGCGGCAAUCGUUCAUCCGGCGCUUCCACUCCCGUGUAUGGUGCCGAUUUCUCGGGCGCCCUUCCCAUCGGGCAGCGAUCGAAGGAGCCGUAUCCCGCAUGGACGUCUGAGAAUCAGGUUCCGGUUUCGAAGGAGGAGAUCGAGGACAUCUUUUUGGACCUUGUCAACAAGUUCGGUUUCCAGCGUGACAGCAUGCGCAACAUGUACGACCAUUUCAUGACGCUUCUGGACUCGAGGGCUUCCCGUAUGACCCCGAACCAAGCUCUGCUCACCCUUCACGCCGACUACAUUGGAGGAGACAACGCCAACUACCGCAAGUGGUACUUUGCCGCUCAGCUUGAUCUGGACGAGGCCGUAGGAUUCGCCAACAUGAAGCUUAAGGCCAACCGUAGGACCAAGAAAGCCCGUGCAGCGAAGAAGGCGGAGGGCGCGGCUGAUGAGGCCGAGAAGCUGGCUGCGCUCGAGGGCGACAACAGCUUGGAGGCCGCAGAAUACCGCUGGAAGACGAAGAUGAACCGGAUGUCGCAGCAUGAGCGUGUUCGACAGAUUGCGCUUUUCCUCCUCUGCUGGGGUGAGGCCAACCAGGUCCGUUUCAUGGCGGAAUGUCUCUGCUUCAUCUUCAAGUGUGCCGAGGACUACUUCCAUUCGCCCGAGUGCCAGCAGAAGGUCGAGCCUGUCGAGGAGGGAACUUACCUCCGCGACGUGGUCACUCCGAUCUACCAGUACUGCAGAGACCAGGGAUACGAGAUUGUAGACGGCAAGUACGUCCGGAGGGAGAAGGAUCACAAGGACAUCAUCGGUUACGACGAUAUCAACCAGCUCUUCUGGUACCCACAAGGUAUCCAGAGGAUCAUCCUCACCGACAAGACGCUGCUCUGCGACAUUCCCGGCCCUCAGCGGUACACAAAGCUCAAGGAGGUCGAAUGGAAGAAGGUGUUCUUCAAGACCUACAAGGAAACACGUUCGUGGUUCCAUUUGGUCACCAACUUCAAUCGUAUUUGGGUCAUUCACGUCACGGCUUACUGGUUUUACACGGCUUUCCACUCUCCUACCCUCUACACGCACAACUACCUGCAACGUUUCAACAACCAGCCUCCCGGUGCAGCUCGAUGGUCUGCGGUCGGUCUCGGUGGUGCGGUUGCAUCUUUCAUCAUGAUCUUCGCGACUCUUUGCGAGUGGAGAUACGUUCCGCGUGACUGGGGUGGUGCGCAGCAUCUCACCAAACGUCUCUUGUUCUGUAUCCUGGUCUUCAUCAUCAACUUGGCUCCCAGUGUGUAUGUCUUCUUCGUUGACGACUGCACGCGCAAGGACAAGUGUGGAAAGAUCUCCUUGAUUCUCGGAAUUGUCCAGUUCUUCGUCGCCGUCUUCACCUAUUUCUUCUUCUCGAUCAUGCCUCUCGGUGGGUUGUUUGGAAGUUAUCUCACGAAGAACUCGCGCCGCUACGUUGCCAGUCAGACGUUCACUGCCAGUUUCCCUCACUUGAAGGGCAAUGACAAGUGGAUGUCCUACGGAAUCUGGGUCCUUGUUUUCGGUGCUAAGCUCCUUGAGUCUUACGUCUUCUUGACUUUGUCUUUCAGGGAUCCCAUCCGUGUUCUCUCGACCAUGAAGAUUGACAACUGUAUCGGAGAGUCGCUCCUCGGAACUGGCGAUGCCGCUCAGAUGCUGUGCAAGCACCAACCAACGAUUAUUCUCGGGUUGAUGUACUUCACCGAUCUGAUUCUCUUCUUUUUGGAUACCUAUCUGUGGUACAUCAUCUGGAACGCGAUUUUCUCGGUUGCCCGAUCGUUCUACCUCGGUAUUUCCAUCUGGACUCCCUGGAGGAACAUCUUCUCGCGGCUGCCCAAGCGUAUCUACUCCAAGGUCCUCGCCACCACAGACAUGGAGAUCAAGUACAAGCCCAAGGUUCUCAUCUCUCAGAUUUGGAACGCCAUCGUCAUCUCCAUGUACCGCGAGCAUCUCCUUGCCAUCGACCACGUGCAGAAGCUCCUGUACCAUCAGGUCCCAUCCGAGCAAGAAGGAAAGCGUACCCUGCGCGCGCCCACCUUCUUCGUGGCCCAGGAAGAUCACUCCUUCAAGACUGAGUUUUUCCCUAAUGGAAGUGAGGCCGAGAGACGUAUCUCGUUCUUCGCCCAGUCCCUCUCGACGCCUAUCCCCGAGCCCGUCCCGGUUGACAACAUGCCGACUUUCACUGUCUUCAUUCCUCAUUACGGUGAGAAGAUCUUGCUGUCGCUCAGGGAGAUUAUCCGUGAGGACGACCCUUACUCCCGUGUUACUCUCCUGGAAUACUUGAAGCAGCUGCACCCUCACGAGUGGGACUGCUUCGUCAAGGACACCAAGAUUCUCGCCGAUGAGACCUCGACUUUCACCAGUGACGAUGCCCAAAAGAACGAAAAGGAUUCCGCCAAGUCCAAAGCCGAUGAUCUGCCCUUCUACUGUAUCGGAUUCAAGUCUUCGCAACCUGAGUACACACUCCGCACACGUAUCUGGGCGUCCCUUCGCUCGCAGACUUUGUAUCGUACCAUUUCUGGAUUUAUGAACUACAGCCGUGCCAUCAAGCUGCUUUAUCGCGUCGAGAACCCCGAGGUUGUCCAGAUGUUCGGUGGAAACACCGACAAGUUGGAGCGCGAACUCGAGAGAAUGGCGCGCCGCAAGUACAAGAUCUGUGUCUCUAUGCAACGGUACUCCAAGUUCAAGAAGGAAGAGAUGGAGAACGCCGAGUUCCUGCUGCGUGCAUACCCCGACCUUCAGAUCGCCUACCUUGACGAGGAACCCCCGACGGAAGAAGGAGGCGAGCCCCGUCUCUUCUCGGCUUUGAUCGACGGACACUCGGAACUUAUGGAGAACGGCGCUCGUCGUCCCAAAUUCAGGGUCAUGCUUUCCGGAAACCCCAUUCUUGGCGACGGAAAAUCCGAUAACCAGAACCACGCCGUCAUCUUCUACCGUGGAGAGUACAUCCAGCUUAUCGACGCCAACCAAGACAACUACCUGGAAGAGUGCCUCAAGAUCCGCAGUGUUCUGGCUGAGUUUGAGGAAAUGACUGUCGACAACGUUUCGCCGUACACCCCUGGACUGCCUCCUACCAACUUUUCGCCCGUUGCCAUUCUUGGAGCUCGUGAAUACAUUUUCUCGGAGAACAUUGGUAUCCUUGGUGACGUUGCUGCCGGAAAGGAACAGACGUUCGGUACUCUUUUCGCUCGUACUUUGGCUCAGAUCGGUGGUAAACUGCAUUACGGACAUCCCGAUUUCCUGAACGGCAUUUUCAUGACCACCCGUGGUGGUGUUUCCAAGGCCCAGAAGGGACUUCAUCUCAACGAAGAUAUUUACGCCGGAAUGAACGCGCUGAUCCGUGGAGGGCGCAUCAAGCACUGCGAGUACUACCAGUGUGGUAAGGGACGUGAUAUGGGUUUCGGAUCCGUUCUGAACUUCACCACCAAGAUUGGUACCGGUAUGGGAGAGCAGUUCUUGUCUCGCGAAUACUACUAUCUCGGCACACAGCUUCCUCUCGAUCGGUUCUUGUCUUUCUACUACGCUCACGCCGGUUUCCACAUCAACAACAUCUUCAUCAUCUUGUCGGUGCAAAGCUUCAUGUUCGUGUUGAUCAACGUUGGUGCCUUGAAGAACCAGGUCGUCGUCUGCGACUACAACCCCGAUGUCCCGAUCCGAGACCAGCUGCUGCCCGUCGGUUGCCGCAAUGUUGAACCUAUUCUCGACUGGAUCACCCGUUGUAUUCUUUCCAUCUUCAUCGUCUUCUUUAUCUCCUUCGUGCCCUUGGUUGUUCAGGAAUUGACGGAGCGUGGUUUCUGGCGCGCGGCUACUCGUCUGGCCAAGCACUUCGGCUCGCUUUCGUUCUUGUUCGAGGUGUUCGUCUGCCAGGUUUACGCCAACUCGCUGCUUCAGGACAUGGCGUACGGUGGUGCUCGAUACAUCGGAACUGGUCGUGGUUUCGCAACUGCCCGCAUUCCUUAUGGUAUCUUGUACUCGCGUUUCGCCGGUCCAUCGAUCUACCUUGGAGCUCGAUCCCUCUUGAUGUUGCUAUUCGCCACCUGUACGAUCUGGCAACCGGCCUUGAUUUAUUUCUGGGUUUCGCUGCUUGCCCUGUGCAUUUCGCCGUUCGUUUACAAUCCGCAUCAGUUCUCCUGGGACGAUUUCUUCAUCGACUACCGUGACUACCUCCGUUGGUUGUCCCGUGGAAACUCGCGCUCGCACGGCCAGUCCUGGAUCGCUUUCUGUCGUCUGUCGAGAACCCGUAUCACUGGUUACAAGCGCAAGGCCCUCGGAGACCCCUCGGAGAAGCUCGCCGGCGAUAUCCCUCGUGCCAAGCUCAGCAACACCAUCUUCAACGAGGUUGUCGGUCCUUUCGUGUUGGUUCUGAUCACCCUGGUUCCAUACCUGUUCAUCAACGCGCAGACCGGAUUGAGAAAGGAGAAUGACGGCAACGACAAAAUGACCAAGGACGAUCUGCUGCCAACUGGAUCGAUCAUCCGUAUCGGUGUGGUCGCAUUUGCUCCCAUGGCCGUCAACCUCGGUAUCUGUGCCGUGUUCUUCGGAAUGGCUUGUUGUAUGGGCCCGCUGCUCGGCAUGUGCUGCAAGAAGUUCGGACCCAUCCUCGCUGCCAUCGCCCACGCCAUGGCCGUCAUCAUGCUCUUCGCCUUCUUCGAGGUUAUGUUCUUCCUCGAGGGAUUCAGUUUCUCCAAGGCACUUUUGGGCAUGAUCGCUGUCGUCGCUAUCCAGAGAUGGUUCUAUAAGCUCAUCAUCAACUUUGCACUCACUAGAGAGUUCAAGGCUGAUACUAGCAACAUCGCCUUCUGGACCGGUAAAUGGUACGGAUUGGGUCUGCACGCAAUGUCCCAGCCUGGUCGUGAGUUGCUGUGUAAGAUGACCGAGAUGGGUUUCUUCGCCGCCGACUUCAUCCUUGGACACGUUCUCCUGUUCUUCAUGGCGCCUAUCAUCUUGAUCCCCUACAUCGACACCGCGCACUCGGUCAUGCUCUUCUGGCUCCGACCUUCCCGCCAGAUCCGCCCGCCGAUCUACACCGCCAAGCAGACCAAGCUGCGUCGCAGACGUGUCAUUCGUUUCUCGGUUCUGUACUUCGCCUUGCUCGUCGUGUUCCUGGCUCUGAUCGUUGGUCCGAUCGCCGUUAAGAAAAUCCUGAUUGACGUCGCUGAUGGCAUGGACCUCCCCAUGAGACUCAUGCAGCCAUACGAUGGCAAGUGGAACACCACCGAUACCAAGUGGUACGAGGACAAUCCCGAUGCGGUUGGAGACGGAAGCAAUGAGACCGAUGUCGGAACCACCACACGCCGUGCUCUGAUGGCGCUGUUGAUGUAAAGGAGUCUGUCUGCAUUCACAACCUACCCUAGUAGCUCCUAAGAGCGAAGGGUCUGGUUCCGUACAUAAGUCGGGGGUAGAAUGAGAUGAGUGUUGUUUGACGAGUGGAGUGAAUAAUGUUAGCGAUAUGGUUAUGGCCUUUGGAUGGAGGGUUUUCGGUGCAUGGAAUAGAUGGGUUGAUUGAAGCAUUGUUUUUUUUAUACUUUUUUUCUUUCGGGGGGGGGGGGGCUUGGAUGUGGUUCUUUCUUUUUCCUUUUCUUCU